AUGGAGGACCUUUAUAAUCCAAGCAAGAAUUCUAGCAGACUCAUUUCUGCACCGUCAAGGUCAACAUUAGCACAGCAGAAAGGUUUUAAUCCUCUGGAGGAAAAAACAAGAGAAAACAUGUCACUGCAUAAUGAGCUUCGCCUGACGAGGCAGUUGUGUGACGCUGUCAUCAGGGUGGACGGUGCUGAAUUUUCCGUGCACAAGCUUGUCCUGUGCAAAUGCAGCCCAUAUUUCAGGGCUCUGUUUAGCCGCUGGUCAACACCAGCCUGUGCAACCUUUGACAUCCCUGGAGUCACACCCUACCAAAUGUGCUUCAUUAUUGAUUUUGCCUACACAGGCUAUGUUCCUCUGACAAACGAAAACGCUGAGGAGCUCUUUAUAAUGGCAGACCACUUUGGUAUUAGUGGCCUUUUACAAGCUUGCAGUGAUUUCUUGGAGAAACACCUGAGCCCCCUGAACUGCAUCCAAAUCUGGAAGCUUACGUAUACGUUCUACCACCCUGAACUGAGAGACAAGGCCUUUUUAUAUCUCCUUAGACAUUUUGAGGAGGUUGUCUCUACUUGUGGAGAUUUCCUUCUUCUCUCUGCACAGAGUCUUGCUGAAAUUGUUGGGAGUUACCAGCUAAUUGUAAAGCGGGAAGAGAUAGUUUAUGAAGCCAUCCUUAAAUGGAUGAACUAUGCACCUGAGGAAAGGAAAGAACACAGCUCACUGCUCUUUCCCAAGGUCAGACUGGCUUGGAUGUCUCCAAAGUACCUGCGUGAAAAUGUGAAUGAGAGGGAAUUUGUGGAAUCAAUUCCAGAACUUCAGCCCCGAGUUCCCCCCGCCCUCAUGCUGGCUAUAGGUGGAUGGACUGAGAGAGGCCCUACCAGUUUGAUUGAAGCCUAUGAAUCCAACACUGAGUACUGGAAACAUGCGCCUAUGACCACAGAAACUCCCCUGAUUUGUCAUGGGAGUGUUUUCCUCAAUGGAUCAGUUUAUUUAGUUGGUGGCUGUGUUAAUCAGUUCAAUGCCGUGCACAGAUUUGACUUGGCCUCAAUGACCUGGCAUGAGGCGUCACCAAUGCACAGCAAGCGCUGCUUCGUUAGUGUCACCGUGACGAAUGGGUUCAUAUACGCCAUGGGAGGUUGCGAUGUACACGAACGGCUCAACACUGUUGAGCGCUACGAUCCAAGAAGCAACCAAUGGACACUUGUAUCUUCCAUGCAUGAGAAAAGGAGUGGUGCCAGUUGUACAACCCUUAAUGGCAGAGUGUAUGUCUGCGGCGGCUUUAAUGGAAGCCAGUUUCUAUCAACAGCUGAGGUUUACAACCCAGACACAGACCAGUGGACCAUGAUUGCCAACAUGAGCAGCAAACGCAGCGGACUCGGUGUUGCUGCUUUUGGUGAAUAUAUCUUUGCAGUUGGUGGUUUCGAUGGAGUCUCACGUUUAAACACUGUUGAGGCCUACAAUGUCUCCACCAAAACCUGGUGCAAAAUUCCCAGCAUGAAAAAGAAACGCAGCAACUUUGGCAUUUCCGUGAUGGAAGACCUCCUCUUUGCAGUCGGAGGCUUUGAUGGCGUAUCUACCAUCUCUGAUGUCGAGUUCUAUGACAUUAAGGCCAACAUGUGGGUCAAGGCCAACAGCAUGAAGAUGUCCCGCAGCCAUCUGAGCUGCUGUGUGGUGGACAGGCUCUACAACACAGCUUAUUAUGCUGACCAUCCCAAUUCUCCCCAGCUCAACCACUUACCUUCUGAUAAGGAAGAAGAGACGGAGCAAUGAAGUCCAUCUAUUUAUGUUUCUCUAUUAAAUGAAUUUCUCUGUAAACAUUUGUCCAUGUUAUUUCUCAUACAUGAUAAAUAUGUAA